AAUAUCGGACGAAGCUUUGAGGUACUCCCAGUGCAUGAAGAAUGUAUCAGACUCAGUCCUCAGCUAGUUUUCCUCGAUCCGGCAUCACACAACCCAGGUUUGGCUGCAUCCCUCGCUAGUCAGGCUAUCAUACUCCGCAAUCUCGGACGAUGUUUCGAGGCACUGGGAGUGAAUGAAGAAUGUGUCAAACUCUGUCGCGAGCUAGUUGCCCUUGAUCCGGUAUCACACAACCCGAGUUUGGCUGGCUCCCUCCACAAUCAAGUCACCACACUUAGCAAUCUUGGACGAGAUUUCGAGGCACUUCGAGUGAAUGAAGAAUGUGUCAAACUUUGUCGCGAGCUAGUUGCCCUUGAUCCAUCAUCACACAACCGGAGUUUGGCUCACUCCCUCCACAAUCAAGCCUUCACACUUCACAAUCUCGGACGAUAUUCUGAGGCACUCCGAGUGAAUGAAGAAGGUGUCAAACUCUGUCGUGCGCUAGUUGCUCUUGAUCUGGUACCACACAACCCGAGUUUGGCUGGCUCCCUCCACAAUCAAGCAUUCACACUCCGCAAUCUCGGACGAUAUUCUGAGGCACUCCGAGUGAAUGAAGAGUGCGUCAAACUUUGUCGCGAGCUAGUUACCCUUGGUCCGGCAUCACCGAGUUUGGCUCACUCCCUCCACAAUCAAGUCGCCACACUUAGCAAUCUCGGACAAUAUUCAGAGGCACUCCGAUUUAGCUCACUCCCUCCACUCAUGCUCCACAAUCUCGGAAGAAAUUAUGAGGCACUUCAAGUGAAUGAAGAAUGGGUCAAACUCUGUUGCGAGCUAGUUGCCCUUGAUCUGGCAUCACACAACCCAAGUUUGGCUCACUCCCUUUACAAUCAUGCCAUCACACUCCACGAUCUCGGACAAAAUUCCGAGGCACUCCAAGUGAAUGAAGAAUGUGUUAAACUCCAUCACGAGCUAGUUGCCCUUGAUCCAGCAUUAUACAACCCAAGUUUGGCUGACUCCCUCCACAAUCAGGCCUUCACACUCUGCAAUCUUGGAUGA